AUGGAGGCGAAGUGCAACCGCAACUCCUGGCACUGGACGCAGCAAAUCGCUGUACGUCGUGGAGGCGGAGCGCUGAUCCAGCUUCCACCUGGCGGCUUCGGGACCACGGAGAUGUUGGUAGAAUGGCUCAAGGACCUGAAGCUGCGAGCGCGUUUGGAUGAAAAGACGUUUUCGGAAGCCAUUGCCUCCUGUGGCAACGGUCCUGAGUGGCAACGAGCACUUCAUCUGCUGGAUGUAAUGCAGGCCAAUGGCCUGGAAGCCCGGGCAGCAGCAUUCACUGCGGCGAUCUGGGCUUGCUCCAAGAAACAAGAGUGGUCAGCAGAGGCUCAACGGCGAGAAUUGGCCAUCCAGCUGCUCGGUCAAAUGCAGGCAGGGCGAAUCCGGCCAUACGACGGCACCUGUGCGGCUCUGGUGGCAUGUGAACUCGACUGGCCUAGAGCUUUGGGCCAUGUCUUGCGGAUGCGAGCUCGUGGACUCACGCGCUUGUCGCGGGCGCACAUUGCUGCAGCGUCUCUUUGCGAGUCCAUGGAGGGAAAUUGGGCAAUGUCACUAGAACUGCUGGAGACAUCAUUGCAGCCAGCCGACCUGUCUGAAGCUGCAAAGCUGCCAGAAGUGUUUCCAGCUCAAAGGUCUGCCUUCUGUCGAAGCCGUCAAUGGAGAUUUGCGGUUCAGGCACAUCUCGAAGCGAAGCGUCAUCAAUUGUCUGUCUCGCUGGAUGCAUACAAUCAGCUGAUGAAGGCCUACUGCGCGAGAGCAGGACAUUGGCAAGAAGUCUUGGACCUGUUGAGUGAGAUCUGUAACGAGGACCUGGCACCCGAUGGCGACAGCUAUGACAUGGCGCUAAAGUGCUGCAGUGAUGCAUCUGAGUGGGCAUGGGUCGUGCAGCUUUAUGAAGAGCUGACCCUCUACAAUUUGCCAAGACGACGAGUUCAUGCACUGGCAGCCAAUGCAUGCGAACAGCUUGGUGUUCAGCUUCGCCUCGGAGCCUUCACCGAUCCAGAGAUCAAAGCCUUUGCCGCACGAAUGGCUCACGGUCUGCAAGAAGCUCGAAGCCUGUGGCCGCAUGUGGCACAUAUCUUGGAGAUCGUCGCGGAGGGCUCAACGCCGGAGAAGUCCGCACAACGUGAUGCGCUCGCGCGUCUUCUGGCUGUCGCCGACUACUAUCCCAAUCAGCUUGAUGACACGCUUAGGACAGCUGUGCUGGCAGUUCUGAGGAAGAUGGAGUUGGCGGGAAGUCAGCCAGUUGGAGCUCAAGCCGUUCUUGACCUGCUAGCAGAGGCAGCAGUACAAACAAGGUGCUUGGCUCCCAUGAAUGUGCUGCUGGGCAUGUUUGAAGACGGUGCUCCCAGAGCAAAGCUUGUAAGACAAUGGUGCGCUUUGCUGCUCCAGAAUAUGCUGGAGAUCGCACCUGCAAGUCAUGGCAAACGUCUAGAGGCUUGCUUUCUUCAGCUGGCUGCUGACAAAGUAGUCGCUGUGAGAGGCUCCGCGAUCCCGUGCCUGGCAUCGCUGGGAACACGAGCAGCGAUUGCUGCAUUGGUUGAGAUGACGUGUAGUGACCUGGUGUGCAAGGUACGUUUCGAGGCACUGAAAGCUCUCAGCUUCCUGAAGGCAAACCAUGCAUUGGCCCUGGAACCGCACCUAAUGGAGAUGCUGAUGGAGCGAUCCAUGGACAUCUCUCCACGAGUUCGAUGCAAUUUAUUCAGUCUUUUUGGCAUGACGUGUCCAUUUUCUUCUCCAAGGCUUUGUGGCUUACUCAGGCAAGGUUUGGUGGAUACAGAUGCAAACGUGCGGCGAGAAUGUGAGUCCAUGCUGCGGUCCUGGCUUGCACCUGUAGAUGGGGGGGAGAACAAGGAUCAUGGCGAUCAUGGUGCGACAUCUCGUGUGCUGAAGCUAAUCGAGCACUUUUUUGUCGUCCUUCCUUGUCAGAACGAGCAGACUGAAACGCUGGUUGAGGCCAUCUUGCAGAGGCUCCUGGAGAGGGACAGCCUGGACAGUGGGGAUUUCGUGUAUGUUGGGGAACAGGCUGUUCGGCUUCUCUUGCAUGGUGAGACUCUGGACAAAGCCCAGAUCAUGCUCGGCCGUGUUGCUAUCUCGAUGGAUCCCGGCGUUUGGAACCUUACUGACGCUCUUAAGGGCUCUCUGCUGCUUCGGAAGACGUUGGAGGCCCUGGACUCUGGCAACACUUCCGCACUGCGUCAGCUUCUUAUGGUGCUUCUCAAUGCAACUAUCUGCGAUGAGGUGGCAGCAAAAACUUUGUUGCAGAUCGCAACAGCGACACUGUUGCGCUGUCCGCUUGGGAAGGCUUCUGCAAGACAGUCUCGUGGAAGUGCUUUUGCUGAAGAAUGCGUGCUGAACGCGGCGUCAGAUCCUUUUCGAUUAGCCGUUCUGCUGGCCCGACAGUCUCUGCAAUCUUCAGCUUCGGAAGGGAGGACACGCCAGCGAAGGAACAAUGAAGUGGAGUCAGCUUUGUCAGAGUCCAUUCAGACGGUGCUUCGCGUGCUUGUGGCGAGAGCCAAAGCCAGUUUUCCGUCAGCAGAACUCCACAACGAAGACUGGGGUUUGUCCGAAAUCACCAAGGAUAUCGCAGCAUAUGGGGCAGCGGUCUGCAGUUUGCAGGAAAGAAUUCAAGAACUUCGCGCCAGAUGUCAGCAGCUCGCCGGCGAAAGAAACUUCGUGGCUGCUUAUCCGCUGAGGCAGGAAAUGGAACACUUGCAGAAGCAGCGAGAGGAAGCAGAGUGCAAAGCAGAGGAUGCCUUUGCUGCACUGGGAUCACACCUUGCACGUAUUCUCUGUGUUUGUGAGGCUUUUCUCUCUUACAGAGAGGCCGAUCUCGAGGAUGAUUUUCCUUUAGAUGUCCUUCGCCAGGCCCUGAUGCUAGUCGACUCCAUCCGGUCUGGUAUUGGUUCAACCUCCUGGCCGACGUUGCGUGCCCAAGCUAUCCGGUGCAUUGCUCUGCAUGCAUCGAUCUCUCUGGAAACGGCUGUGCAGCACCGAUGUUUUUUUCACUCGGUGCUCGGGCGUUACGUCCCCGAAGUUCUGUCAUCCGCGCAUCCUCACCUUGAUGCCACUGCAGCAGCGGAAGACAUAAUCCUGACUUCUGUGUCCUUUCUCAUCGAUACCCUGUUCCUUCAUGACCUGGAAACCUGGGACUCGUGUGAUCCCGAGACCGGCAACCUCGGCGCUCACCUCCAGGACAAUUCCGACGAGAUAUGUGAGCACAUAGCCCCACUUCUAGCAGGCCUGGGAGGCCAGCGUGGAAGCCACUCCCUGCGCGAAGCACUCGCUUCGCGUUUCUGUACCUUUCUCCUUUUUCGAGGCAUUCAAACCGAGUCGACAGCGCAUUGCUGGGUGGCUGCCUGGUUGCUGCAGAACGCAUUUGCAGAAGCCGGUCUCGUCGAACCUUGCCGUAGUUUGGAGGCGGCUGUGUUGAGCGGACGGCUGCUAAGAUUCUUCGCAUCUUUGCGGCGACUUUCCUCCUGCCGCUUGGAGGUGCUGGCCAUUGCUGCAAAAGGCUUCUUGUUCUUUGACAUGUGGCAACUACCACAACCAGCAGCUGCUCAUUCCAUGCCUUCUAUGAUGUUGUCACGUGCUGUCAGAUUCGUGAGCCGGGAGCUCUCCAGCGUGGAAGGCGUUGAUGCAGCAACGGAGUGGUGGCUUCAUUGCCUUUGGCGUCCAUUGGCCCUACUCUGCUUGGAAAGAGCAGCCCUUGGAGUGGAUGGGGAUCCGACAAUACUAUGCGCACUUUCGCAGGCACUUCUUGCUGCCCUUGCUGGAACUGAGCCAUCGGGUGGCAACUUCGCCUUUGCUCCAGAGCCUCGGCGAGUGGGCAUGGCAUCAGAGGUGGCCUGGGUUUUGAACCGAUUUGCCGAGCUUUGUGGCUGUUGGAAUAGGUCGAAGUCGAGUCGAAAGCUUCAUCGAGAAGGGCUCCUUCAGGGUCUUCUCGUGCAGAGAGCACGCCUUGCAUCCUUCUGCUCCACGUGUUCGGAUCGAGAGUCUCAGGACUGGCAGGCCAUCUACACCUCUGCAGCGAAGGAACGGUCGAGGCUGCGGCACGAGAUUGAGAAGCUUGGUGUAGUGGCAGCAGGCUUGUCUGCAAUACCGCGGGGCACGGAAGGCUGUCGAACCAAGCGUCAGCGAUGCGGACUUGCAGGGCCGCUGGAGAGUGCAGAUAUCAUCGAAGACAUCGACUGA